UCAGUCACAAAAAACGUUUUUUGUGGUUUUACCAGCAGAUUGAGCCUACUCUGGAUUUUACACAAAUAAACCUAAUUAAAAUAUAGACGAUACCAUAAAGCUUAAGUUUAAACUACAAUGUUUACUUAUUUUUAUUACCAUUUAGGUGGCAAGUCGCUAACGUUACUUUACUGAUUAUCCCUGUAGGCAGCGUUUACUGUAGCUCGCAUGCUCAACACAUAGGUUAGCAUGUUGCUGGCUGCUAGCAUCUCCACAACAUUGGAAAGCGAUGUGACAGCGUGCUGGUUACAAGUAAAGUCUGGUUCGGUGGAAUGAUCAAAAAAUAGCAGUCGUGUUGUUAAUUGUUUAGGAGAAGCUGCCAAAAUGGUGAAGGAGCAGUUCAGAGAGACAGAUGUGGCCCAAAAAAUAAGCCACAUCUGCUUCGGGAUCAAAUCUGCUGAACAGAUACGUCAGCAGGCCCACAUUCAGGUGGUCAGUAAGAAUCUGUACAGCCAAGACACCAAACACACUCCACUAUCCUAUGGAGUGUUGGACCACCGUAUGGGCACCAGUGAGAAAGACAGACCAUGUUUGACAUGUGGGAAGAAUCUGGCAGAUUGCCUGGGACAUUACGGCUACUUGGAUCUGGAGCUGCCAUGUUUUCACGUGGGCUAUUUCAAAGCCACAAUAGGAAUCUUACAGAUGAUUUGCAAGACAUGCUCCAGCAUAAUGCUGACGAAAGAGGACAAACUGCAGUUCAUGGAUUUAAUAAAAAGGCCCAACCUGGCCUAUCUCCAGAAACGAGGGUUGAAGAAGAAGAUCUCUGAUAAAUGCCGCAAAAAGACAAUCUGUCUAAAUUGUUCUGCUUUUAAUGGACCAGUGAAAAAGUGUGGCCUGCUUAAGAUCAUCCAUGAGAAGUAUAAAACAAACAAGAAGGUGGUGGAUGUUUUUGUGUCAGAUUUCCUGCAGUCCUUUGAUACUGCCAUUGAGCACAACAAAGUGGUGGAACCUCUGCUGACCAGAGCACAGGAAAACCUGAACCCACUGGUGGUGCUAAACAUGUUCAAGAGGAUUCCCCAAGAAGACAUUCCCCUGCUGCUGAUGAACCCUGAGGCGGGGAAACCUGCAGACCUUAUUCUCACCCGCCUCCUGGUGCCUCCUCUCUGCAUACGACCAUCUGUGGUCAGCGACCUAAAGUCAGGUACCAACGAGGACGACCUCACCAUGAAGCUCACAGAGAUAAUCUUCCUCAACGAUGUCAUCAAAAAGCACCGAAUGACAGGGGCGAAGACCCAGAUGAUCAUGGAGGACUGGGACUUCCUUCAGCUGCAGUGUGCUCUUUACAUCAACAGUGAGCUUUCUGGCAUCCCCCUCAACAUGGCACCUAAGAAAUGGACCAGAGGCUUUGUUCAGAGACUUAAGGGGAAACAAGGUCGAUUCAGAGGAAACCUCUCAGGAAAAAGAGUGGACUUCUCUGGCAGAACUGUCAUUUCUCCCGACCCAAACCUGAGGAUCGAUGAGGUGGCUGUCCCCGUGCAUGUGGCCAAAAUCCUGACGUACCCUGAGAGGGUGAACAAAGCCAAUCUGGAGCUACUGAGGAAACGGGUCCGCAAUGGUCCUGAGGUUCAUCCCGGAGCCAAUUUUAUCCAGAAUCGUCACACUCAGAUAAAAAGGUUUUUAAAAUAUGGAAACCGUGAGAAGAUAGCUCAGGAGCUCAGGUUUGGUGAUGUGGUGGAGAGGCACUUGAUGGACGGAGACAUCGUCCUCUUCAAUCGACAACCCUCCCUGCACAAACUCAGCAUCAUGGCCCACAUCGCCAGAGUCAAACCUCACAGGACGUUUCGGUUCAACGAGUGUGUGUGCACCCCUUACAAUGCCGACUUUGAUGGUGAUGAAAUGAACCUUCAUCUUCCUCAGACUGAAGAAGCCAAAGCUGAGGCCCUCGUUCUGAUGGGGACAAAAGCGAAUCUUGUCACUCCAAGAAAUGGCGAACCUCUGAUUGCUGCUAUUCAGGACUUUCUGACAGGUGCCUACCUCUUGACGCUGAAGGACACUUUCUUUGACAGAUCAAAAACCUGUCAGAUAGUGGCAUCAAUCCUUGUGGGCACAGAUGAAAAAAUCAGAAUCUGUCUCCCCCGCCCGGCUAUCAUGAAGCCCAUGGCUCUGUGGACGGGCAAACAGAUCUUCAGCCUUAUUCUGAAGCCGAGUAAGGACUGUCCCGUCAAGGCGAACCUGCGGACCAAGGGCAAACAGUACUGUGGCAAGGGAGAGGAUCUCUGUCACAACGACUCAUACGUGGUGAUUCACAACAGUGAGCUGAUGUGUGGUAGCUUGGACAAGGGCACUUUGGGGUCCGGCUCCAAGAACAACAUCUUCUACAUCCUGCUAAGAGACUGGGGACAGCUGGAGGCUGCCAACGCCAUGUCCCGCCUCGCAAGACUUGCUCCAGUGUUCCUCUCCAACCGUGGCUUUUCUAUUGGCAUCGGUGAUGUGACACCUGGCCAGGGUCUGCUGAAGGCCAAGCAGGACUUGCUGGAUGACGGUUACAAAAAGUGUGAUGAAUACAUCGAAGCUCUAUCCACGGGAAAGCUGCAACAGCAGCCAGGCUGCACAGCAGAGGAGACUUUGGAGGCUCUCAUUUUGAGAGAGCUGUCCGUCAUCAGAGACCGAGCUGGCAGUGCCUGCCUCAGGGAGCUUGACAAGAGCAACAGCCCUCUGAUCAUGGCUCUUUGCGGCUCCAAAGGAUCUUUCAUUAAUAUCUCUCAGAUGAUUGCCUGUGUGGGCCAGCAGGCCAUAAGUGGCUCUAGAGUACCUGAUGGUUUUGAGAACCGCUCCCUGCCUCACUUUGAAAAGCACUCAAAACUGCCUGCUGCUAAAGGCUUUGUGGCCGACAGCUUCUAUUCUGGCCUGACGCCCACAGAGUUUUUCUUUCACACCAUGGCUGGCCGGGAGGGUCUGGUGGACACGGCUGUGAAAACGGCAGAGACUGGAUAUAUGCAGAGACGUUUGGUGAAGUCCCUGGAGGAUUUGUGCUCACAAUACGACCUGACAGUACGCAGCUCCACUGGCGACGUCAUCCAAUUUAUUUAUGGCGGCGAUGGUCUGGAUCCAGCUGCCAUGGAGGGCAAGGAUGAGCCGCUGGAGUUUAAGAGAGUCCUAGACAACAUGCGGGCGGUCUAUGUGUGUCAAGAUGAGCCGGCACUCAGUCAAAACGAGCUGGUCCUCACUGCUGAUGUCAUCAUGAAGAGAGCUGACUUCUUGUGCUGCAGAGAGACCUUCUUGGAGGAGAUAAAGAACUUUAUUAAGAGCAUCUCAGAAAGGAUCAAGAAGACCAGAGACAAGUACGGCAUCAACGACAAUGGCACCAGCGAGCCAAAAGUUCUUUAUCAGCUGGACCGCAUAACCCCCACCCAGCUGGAGAAGUUCCUUGAAACCUGCAGAGACAAGUACAUGAGAGCUCAGAUGGAGCCAGGCUCAGCAGUAGGGGCCCUGUGUGCCCAGAGCAUUGGAGAGCCCGGUACUCAGAUGACCCUGAAAACCUUCCACUUUGCUGGUGUAGCGUCCAUGAACAUCACUCUGGGGGUGCCUCGCAUCAAAGAGAUCAUCAAUGCCUCAAAGAACAUCAGCACCCCUAUAAUCACUGCUCAUUUGGAUAUGGAAGACGACGCUGACUUUGCCCGGCUGGUAAAGGGAAGGAUCGAGAAAACUCUUCUAGGAGAGAUUUCUGAGUACAUAGAAGAGGUUUUUCUACCAGACGACUGUUUCAUCCUGGUGAAAUUGUCAUUGGAGAGAAUAAGGCUGCUGCGUCUGGAGGUAAAUGCAGAAACGGUGCGUUACUCCAUUUGCAUGUCUAAACUACGAGUGAAACCAGGGGACAUCGCUGUGCACGGCGAGGCGGUGGUGUGUGUGUCUCCACGAGAGAACAGCAAAAGCUCCAUGUACUAUGUGCUGCAGUCAUUAAAAGAGGAGCUUCCUAAGGUGGUUGUUCAAGGCAUACCUGAAGUCUCCCGAGCUGUCAUUCACAUUGACGAACAGAGCAGCAAAACCAUGUACAAACUCCUGGUGGAGGGGGACAACCUGAGAUCUGUCAUGGCAACGCACGGAGUGAAGGGAAGCAGGACCACGUCAAACAACACCUAUGAGGUUGAGAAGACGUUGGGUAUUGAGGCAGCUAGAUCUACUAUAAUCAAUGAGAUCCAGUACACCAUGGUGAACCAUGGAAUGAGCAUUGACCGGCGUCAUGUCAUGCUUCUAGCAGAUCUCAUGUCCUACAAGGGGGAGAUACUGGGAAUCACCAGGUUUGGUUUAGCCAAAAUGAAGGAGAGUGUCCUCAUGCUGGCCUCCUUUGAAAAAACAGCGGAUCAUCUCUUUGAUGCUGCCUACUUUGACAAAAGACUCGUCUGUGGUGUGUCUGAGUGCAUCAUUAUGGGGAUACCUAUGAAUAUUGGAACAGGACUGUUUAAGCUCCUACCAAGGCUGACAGGCAGCCCUCUCCAGUCAAAAGGCCUCUCCUCUUUGACAGUGCAGACUUCCAUAUACCUCUAAUCACAUAGCAGCGAGGAAAGGAGCAGCAGUUUUUUUUUCCCCCCUCCGAACUUCUUGAGAUAAUCUUCAGCAAUACAAAGUGCCUGCCAAAGUUCAGAUGAUUUCCGUUUCUGGAGAGCUAAUAGAAAAUGGGAUAUUUUCUUUUUUUUGGGGGGGGGGGGGGCAACUUUGUUGUUGAUGCCACAGACUGUGAGGACGCUGCGUUUUAUUUUACAGUUUGUUUGCAUGUAAGAAGUGGUGGAGUUUAUUAUUAUUUCAGUUCAGUUUGGAUAAACUGUGAGGAGAAUACAGAAAAGUUGAUGCUUUUGUUGAUGCUUUUUUACAAUCAGGUGACAAUAAUCAUAUCAAAUAAUAGAAAAUAAAAUAGUUUUACAAUGUGAAACUAGUGUUUGUACAUUUUUUUUUUUAAAUUAAGCCUAAAGGAGAAACAAAUUGAUAUGCAAAAUAAAGAAAAACAGUCAU